AUGAGGAAAAUCGCAGAGAGAGAUGAUGUCUCUGACGGCUCGUCAAUGGAGCCUGUCAUAAUCGGUGCGCUAAUUUUGGAUGUUCACGCUAAGCCUUCAACCUCACCAAUCUCAGGAACCACCGUCCCUGGCCAGGUCUUGUUUGCACCUGGUGGUGUAGCAAGAAAUGUAGCUGAGUGCAUCUUCAAGCUUGGAAUUAGACCUUUUAUGAUUGGUACUUUGGGGCUUGAUGGUCCAGGAAUCUUGAGACGUGAAGACAUUAGUACUCCCAUUGUAUCGCUUGUAUAUGACAUUAAUGGAGAAGUUUCUGCUGGUGUUGCUGGUGUGGAUGCAGUCGAGAAGUUUUUGACACCAGAGUGGAUCCAGCGGUUUGAAGACAAGAUAAGCUCUGCUCCGGUUCUUAUGGUAGAUGCAAACCUCAGCACUCUUGCUUUGGAAGCAUCUUGCAAAUUGGCUGCAGAGUUCAAUGUUCCUGUAUGGUUUGAGCCAGUCUCAGUCACAAAGUCUCGGAGAAUCGCCUCAAUCGCCAAGUAUGUAACAAUAGUGUCACCAAACCAAGACGAACUCAUAGCAAUGGCAAACACUCUCUGCGCCAAGAAUUUGUUCCAUCCCCUUAAACCAGAAGAGAAUAAGCUUUCACCUGAAGAUAUAUUCCACUUGCUAAAGCCAGCCAUUUGUGUUCUUCUUGAAAAUGGCAUCAAAGUAGUUAUCGUAACCCUCGGCUCCAAUGGAGCUCUCUUGUGCUCCAAGGGAAGCCCCAAGAAGGCUCUGAACAUAAACCGUAAGUUUCAGGGAAGUGCAGAGAUCUUUCAAAGGGUACAAUCUGUAUGUUCACCGAACCGGUUUUCUGAAUCAAGAUUGAGUCUUUUCGCGAUGCAUUUCCCAACGGUGCCAGCCAAAGUCAAGAAGCUCACUGGUGCAGGGGAUUGUCUGGUAGGCGGUACAGUCGCGUCCCUGAGCGAUGGUUUGGAUCUGAUUCAGAGUUUAGCGGUUGGCAUUGCCACGGCUAAAGCAGCGGUUGAGUCAGAUGAUAAUGUGCCUCCUGAGUUCAAGUUGGAUCUUGUUUCUGAUGAUGCAGAGUUGGUUUACAAUGGAGCCAAGAUGUUGCUGGUUCAUCAGUCAAUGCUGUGA